AUGGAGCAGUAUGAGAAAGUUGAGAAGAUCGGCGAGGGAACUUAUGGAGUGGUAUACAAGGCCCGUGAUCGCGUGACAAACGAAACUAUUGCUCUAAAGAAAAUCCGUCUGGAGCAUGAAGAUGAGGGAGUGCCGAGCACUGCGAUCAGAGAGAUAUCUCUCUUGAAAGAGAUGCAGCACGGUAACAUUGUAAGGCUGCAAGAUGUGGUGCACAGCGAGAAGCGCUUGUAUUUGGUAUUUGAAUAUCUGGACUUGGACUUGAAGAAGCACAUGGAUUCUUGCCCAGAAUUCUCCCAGGAUCCUCGUCUAGUUAAAAUGUUUCUCUAUCAAAUACUACGCGGUAUUGCUUAUUGUCAUUCUCAUAGAGUCCUUCAUAGAGACUUGAAGCCUCAAAACUUGCUGAUAGACCGCCGAACUAAUGCAUUAAAGCUUGCAGACUUUGGAUUGGCCAGAGCAUUUGGCAUUCCUGUCAGGACAUUUACGCAUGAGGUGGUCACCCUAUGGUACAGGGCACCAGAGAUUCUUCUUGGAUCCCGCCACUAUUCUACCCCCGUUGAUGUGUGGUCAGUCGGUUGUAUAUUUGCCGAGAUGGUGAACCAACGACCAUUGUUUCCUGGUGACUCUGAGAUUGAUGAACUUUUUAAGAUUUUCAGUAUCACGGGAACUCCGAAUGAAGAUACAUGGCCUGGAGUGACAUCUUUGCCGGAUUUUAAAUCUGCAUUUCCAAAAUGGCUUCCUAAGGACUUGGCAACUGUGGUUCCAAAUCUUGAUGCAGCUGGUCUUGACCUCCUUAGAAAAAUGCUCUUCUUGGAUCCCAGCAAAAGAAUCACGGCCAGAAGUGCUCUCGAGCACGAGUACUUCAAGGAUAUCGGGUUUGUCCCCUGA